UCUAAGCUGUUAAACCUUUUAUUUUUAGUUUGAUUAAUUUAAAUAAGAUUUUUUUUUUUACCUUGACAUUUUGGUCUGGUUUCACUUGUUUCGGCAGCUGGGCACUCAAAUUUUAUCUCACUUAUAACAUUGCAAUAUCCAAUUUAUUUUGCACGUUAGUACCCAUCAUGAAACUAACAUCAACUAGUUAACCAUGAGUGGAAAAUCUUUCUGGAAAAACAUUUUUUAUGAUUUUGAUAUUGCUAUCACAGGUAGCUAGCUACAAGUGAGUGAAAAAUCUAUUAUAAAUCUAACAUUUUUAUCCUAUGCUUGCGACCAUAAUUUGAGCGGUGUGUCAACUUUCUACAUAGGCUCAAUUUGAAGAGAAUUAGAAUAAAAGUAGAGAGAAGAAAAUUCUAGAUCUCAUGAUAAGUCAAUUGCUACCGUUCACCUAAGAUUAUUUUAAAGUUUGCUGUCUUUGAGUGGCAUUAAUUUUAAAAGGUAGAUAUUUUGUGGGAGGAAGAAGUACAAGGUGUGAUUGGGUGGAAUUCAAUACAUCAAAUGUAGGGAUCACACAUUUUAUGGAAACCUAAAAUUGCUCUUCGUAGUGUUUGGAGAUUGAAAAUCGGAUGCACCCAUUAUUGAUUAUACAACAAAUCACUUCAUAAAAGAAUCAUACUAAUCUCUGGAUAAAUCAUUUCAAAAUUUAGAUAAAUUCCAUGAUAUUAUCUCCACCCGCUGUCAUUUAGAAGAAAAUUUUAAUUAUUAAUAAAUGGAUUAAAUAAGUUUUUGGUCCCUAUAAAUAUUUCAAAUUUUAUUUUAAGUCUCUCCAAAAUUUUCCUUCAACAAUUCAUUCCUCAAAAAUUUUCCUUCAAACAACUCAUCCCUCAAAAAUUUUCCGUCUUAAUAAUUGAUCCCUAACGUCAAAUACCACUAACGGUUGUUUAUGUGGCAGUGUACAUGGAAUAAACUUUGUAUUUUUUAUUUUCUGUGUAGGAUUACAUUAACUUAGGUGGCAUAUUGUGGUCCAUAUACAGUCUUGAUAAGAAAUUCAAAAACAUUUCUGAACCCUAAUAGGAAGGUUGUUGUCCCUUGUCCCCUCUCUCUAAUAAAAAAUGCGACACUUUAGAAUCUUGGUGGUCCCUCCAUUGGCGAAGGUUACGAAGGUUGAGUUGCUUGCUGGGGGUCCCAAGAACGACAAGGACAUGAGAUUAUUUAAGGUUGUUUUCUAUACGAACGACUCUUUUGUAAAGGAUGUAAGGUUAAGAUAUGAAGGGGGGACGUUUAUGUUGUAAGUGAUCAAGACCCUAAUUAUUGGUCCUACUUUGAAGCCUGUGACUUAAUUAAGUACAUGGAUUCUUCAUUUAAAAUCGAUGAUGUUAAUAAGAUAUGAAGGGGGACGUUUAUGCUGUAAGUGAUCAAGACCCUAAUUAUUGGUCCUACUUUGAAGCCUGUGACUUAAUUAAGUACAUGGAUUCUUCGUUUAAAAUCGAUGAUGUUAAGAUGUGGUGGAAGGUUGAUAAGGAAUGUCUUGAAAAUAAUCUUAAACCCUUUGUUAAUGAUGCUGAUGCAAUAAAGUUGGCUUUGUGUGCUGAGGAGACUAAGUGUGAUGUUGAGAUAUAUGCAGAGGCAAGAAAAAUGCCAUGUUGUUGCUGAGGAAAAUCAAGACAUUGAGGAUAGUGAAUCAUUUGAGGACUCUUUGAAUGGUAUACACUUUGAAGACAGUAAAGAGGAAAGAAUGCAUGAUUUUAAUGAGGUCAUUGGUCAAGUGAAUGAUGGUGUUGGUGCUGGGACAGGUCAAGUGAAUGAUGGUGUUGGUGCUGGGACAGGUCAAGUGAAUGGUGGUGUUGGUGCUGGGACAAGUCAAGGUAUUAAGAAGGGUUUGAUUACUGCUGAGAUGGACAAGGAACAUGUAAUUGAUGAUGGUUACAUGACUGAUGAUAUUGAUAGUGGGGCAUAUGAUGAUAGUGCUGAUGAGAGGCCACCAGUGAUCAGAUUUAAUGAAGGUGAAAAACUAAGAAAAAAGUUCUCAUUCAAGGUGGGAAUGGAGUUCGCAUCUCUAAAGCAAUUUAAGAAGGCUGUACUUGAACACAAUGUGUUGAAUGGUAGGGAGGUGAAGUUUGCCAAAAAUGAUUUAACAAGGUGUAGGGUUGUUUGUAAGGACAAAAAGAAAUGUGACUACACAGUCCUAUGCAGUAGGGUACUGAGAACAACAACAUUUGGGAUCAAAAGUCUAUAUGCAAAGCACAAAUAUGGUAGGAAGUUCUUCAACAAGAAUGCUAAUGCUGAUUGAGUCUCUAGAGUUAUUGUUGAAAAAUUAAAGAACAACUCAGGUAUAAAAUUGAAUGAAGUUGUGACUGAUGUAAGACUUAGGUAUUCUACAGAAAUUACUGGGUGUAGGGCUUUUAAGGCUAGGAAGCUAGCUAGAAAGGUUGUUAAAGGAGACUCAGCCAAGCAAAACAGUAUGCUUUGGUGUUAUGGAGCUGAAUUGAGGAGGGCAUCAAGAGGAAACACAUUUAAGAUGAACAUUUCUGGAACACCUCCAAGAUUUAAAGAUGCUACAUGUGUUUUGAUGGAACUAAGAAGGCAAUGAAUGUUGGAUGCAGACCAUUCAUAGGGUUAGAUGGCUGUCACCUAAAAAAAAGGUGGAAUCUUGUUGAUUGUUAUUAGUAGGGAUGCAAAUGACCAAUACAUUCCUCUUGCUUUUGGGGUUGUGGAGACUGAAACUAGAGACUCUUGGAGUUGGUUUGUUAAGCUACUUCUUGAUGAUAUUGGUCAUGAAAACAGGUGGUGCUUUAUGUCUGACCAAC